GUCCUGAGCCGCUCAUCUCAGAAGUUCUGCUGCAGUCAUUAUUGAGAAGUUCUGUGUUGGUUUCUUUUUGUCGCAGCCCCCGCCGGUGCUCUGAGCCACGCGUCCAUCGCAUCGGGGACUGUGAAGCUGUGAAAUGGCAGUGAUGGGGAUUGCGUGCCAUGGAGCCCCCGCUCCGCCCGCCAAGCAGCAGCAGGAGCUCAGUGCCACCAAAGGGCUGCACGAGGCCGCGAGCGAGAAGCAAAGCAGCGUCUGCAAAGUCGAGGAUUCGAAGAAAGCCAUAUUCCAUAGCCAGUGGAAAAUCCUCAACGACGUCAUCACCAAAGGAACAGCAAAAGAAGAAACAGAAGGAGGCUGCGCGUCCAUCUCCAUUAUUGCCCAGGCAGAGUGUGAGAACAGUCAGGAGUUCAGCCCCACUUUGUCAGAGAGAUCCUUCAUUGCCCACAGCAAGCGUUACAGCCGCUCAGACAGCCUCGACCAGAUCCCAAACAAUGUGGCCCAUGCGACAGAGGGGAGGAUGGCUCCCACCUGCUGGAGGGGGAGGCAUCGUGGUAGAGCGAAGAAGAAGCGUCACAAGAAACGAUCCAAGCUGAAAAUACAAACAGUGGCUGCUGGCAGACGGGGCCCCAGAACUCCGGAACAGGAGAGCUGCACCCCGAUUCCCGUCCAGGAGGAUGAAACGCACCACAACGCUCUCUACAGAAACAGCUUUUGGUUAUCAGAGCUGAACAAGAGCUUGCUUUAUGAUCCACCCCCGUUUGAGAAGCCCGAGAAAGUUCUGUCCGCGGAGAAGCUCCAUUCAGUGGGCAGCCAGCACAAAACUGACUUGCACAAGCUGAUAAGCCCUGUCCAGUGCCUUAAUCAUGUCUGGAAACUGCACUACCAGAGGGACAACGUCCCUCAUCCUGAAACUCUCCGUCCUUUUCCAUACAACAUCGCGCCCCCCGCCCUCCCACACCUGGACAAUCCUAUCCAUCCCAUGAAGCUUAAUGCUCUGGAGACGUAUUUCCACCAUGAUCUCAAUUACCCAGACAGUGAGCAUCGCUUGUCUGGCCUAAAGUUGGGAUACAGCUUCCCCAAGUGCGUCAGCCAGUCCAUGAAAAGCAGCUUGGACAAGGUUUCUGUGGAAGAAUACUUGGUGGACGCCUUGAAGGGCAGCGUGAGCCUCGGGGAGCCGCAGAACUUGGCCAGCCUCGCCAAGACGUGGAGGGGAGGCAGUCUGGACCCAAAGGAGCAAUUUCAAAAGGCAGAUGAGAAUGAAGGCGUGCUGCUCACUGAGAAACUAAAGCCAGUGGAUUAUGAGUACCGAGAAGAGGUUCACUGGACCAAGUGCCACGGCUCCCUGGGCAUCGGCUCUUUUGGAGAAGUGUACAAAGUAGAGGACAAGCAGACAGGAUUUCAGUGUGCUGCCAAAAAGGUGCAGGUCGAACACUUCCGUGCAGAGGAGUUGACGACGUGCGCGGCGAUAACGAGCCCGAAGGUUGUGCCGUUGUACGGCGCCGUGAAGGAGGGACCUUGGGUGACCAUCUUCAUGAAGCUGAUGGAGGGCGGAUCGCUGGGGCAGCUAAUUAAGCAGAGCGGCUGCCUGCCCGAGGACAGAGCCCUCAGUUACCUGGGGCAGGCACUGGAAGGUCUGGAGUACCUCCAUGCUCAGAACAUUCUCCAUGGAGAUGUGAAAGCGGAAAACGUACUUUUGUCUGAUGAUGGGAGCAGAGCUCUGCUGUGUGAUUUUGGCCACUCUGCUCACCUCCAUCCCGACGGCCUGGGGAAGUGCUUGGUCACAGGAAACUACGUGCCGGGCACAGAGACACACAUGGCUCCAGAGGUGGUCCUGGGAAAGCGCUGCGACUCCAAGGUGGACGUGUGGAGCAGCUGCUGCAUGAUGCUGCACAUGCUGAACGGCUGCCACCCCUGGACGCAGUAUUACAAUCAUCCCCUUUGUCUGAAGAUCGCAAAGGAGCCGCCGCCUCUGAGGGAAAUUCCACCUUCCUGCAACCCCCUCACUGCUGAGAUCAUUAAAAUGGGUCUGGAGAAGGAGCCCGUGCAGAGGGCGUCUGCGUCUGAGCUGAGGACCAAGGCCAGCACUGCGCUGCAAGAAGUGGGAGGUGUGAGAAGCCCCUGGAAAGGUGAAUACAGAGCGCCCAGGCGUUUGGCACUGCACAAGGAGAACAACCCCCAGACGUCCCUGCCCCCCACAGCGAGCCCCACUUCGGCCGCUCCUCACCUGGAACCGGCAGCCCGAGGCUGCAGUGCCAGCCCUGUGCCACCACCAGCCCUGGAGCGAGCGAGGCAGGGUGAGGGAACGCGCUGGAAUGAGAGCAGGGAUCUGUCCAGGACCUGGGAUCCUCCUCCUCUCUCCUCCGCUCCCCUCCCCUUAAAGAGCUGCAGCCAUACAGAGAGAGCAAGCACCAUUUCCGAGCAAGAGCUCCAGCAGCUGGAAAUAGAGCUGUUUCUGAACAGCCUUUCUCAGCCAUACUCACUGGAAGAGCAGGAACAAAUGCUUUCGUGUCUGAGCAUUGACAGCCCGUUUGUGUCAGACGCCAGUGAGAAGAACUCCAUGAAGGCCUCCCUUAGCCUGCGGGACACCAUGAGCUCCGGCAUCCAUUCCUGGAACAGCCAGACAGACGGACAGAGCUUCAGCUGGAACAACGUGCUGAGCCGCGGCCGCCACACGGACACCCCCAGCUGCUUCAAUGGAGUGAAAAUCCAGAUCCAGUUGCUAAGUGGAGAAAAUUUACACAUCAGGGAUUUCCACAGGACAAAGGUGGGAGACAUUGCCACUGGGAUAAGCAGCCAGAUACCCGUCCCCGCCUUCAGCCUGGUGACAAAGGAAGGCCGCCCCAUUCACUACGACAUGGAAGUCCCCGACUCGGGGAUUGAGCUGCAGUGCACCCUGGCCCCGGAUUGCAGCGUCAGCUGGGCGUGGAGAGUCAAACACGGUCAGCUGGAGAACAGGCCGUGAGGCCGCUCCUUUCGGGAGGUUUUUACCUUGUGAAAUGUGGAAUUGCAAAAGCUUCCGAGCACCCCUGCCAUGGAGCACCGCGCGCUGGAGGCUGGUGCUGAAGUAGGAUAGCAGCUCAGCACGGUGCUCUCACCUCGCUGCUGUUCCAGCCCUGUUCAGGACGCGUCCUGAAGCGUAGAUGUUCCCCAGAACAGUGGGCAGUGCUUGUUUUGGGUGUGCUAGAUUGAGCUUGAGAAUGGGAGAUGGAGAUUCCUGCUCUUCAGAGGAAUGCGAGUGUCCUUUUCAGGAGAACGUGGAGACUGGAUGGGAGCUCCUAUUGCUCAGCCGAGGGAAGCCGGUGUUCCCGGGCUGGAAGGAGGCUGAGCGACUGCAGAGCGGCUGUCAGCGCCCAGGGGAGCAGGCUGGUGUCCUCCGGGCUGGAGGAAGGCCAGAACGUGGCUGCAGGCUGUGGUGGCAGCACCUCUGCCCAAACCUUUCACACGGGGAAGACACAGCAGUAACUGCCUGGGUUCUGGGUUUCACCUUCCACAUAGACGUUUCCUUUCUGAAUCACAAAAGAGCUUUGUUUCCAGAAAGAGAUUUGCUUGCAGCUCUCACCUUCAUAUCUCCUCCUGCCAUAGGAGCUGGGGCCGGAGGAGCAAAGCCCCACUGCCCCCACAGCUCUCCUGCAGGCCAUGGGGCAGAGGAUGUCAGCUCAGACAAACUGCAUUCUGCCACCAGAUUCCAUCUCCUCUCUCAGUCCCACAUUCGGUCGUGGAUUCAGCCCCUCCUCACCUGCUCAGCGCGGCAUGGACUGGGCCAGCAGAUGGGCGCUUUGUGCCUUAAUUUCUGGUGAACUUUUUUACUGAUCUGUGCAUUUCUUUUUUGUAGUAUAUUGAAACUGCGUGUGCUGAAUUUGAGUGGGCAGGUGCUGCUCUCCCUUUGGUAACAGGUGGGCCCGAUCCAGGCUGUCUGGGAGACACAGCGAGGUGGGGCCAUUGAAGGGAAAUUCACUUAAAACAGCCCAAAAAAGUUCAGCUCUGGACCUUUGCUUUGAGGAGCAGUGCCCCGUAGCUGCUCUCCUUGGCUCCCACCACACGUGGCAGUGUUGUCCUUAACCAGAACCGUACAGCUGUGAUGCAGUAGGGAAGCGGAACUCUUGAAGAAAACUUAAACCCGUCCCCUCCGUGGGUAUGAUUUCUUUUAGCACUUUUCUGUUCUGAAG